AGAGAAGUGAUAGAGUGUGCGUUAAAAGACAGAAAAAGCAAUUUAAAGAGAAUCGGGUGCAGACUUUCAGACCACGGUUUGUGAGGAGACAGAGAGAGGGAGAGAAAGACAGUGUCGCCAUUUCAAAAAUGAGUUUUGAGGAGCAGUUUUAAGGGACACACUGCGGAAGAUUCUGCCUAAUCGCACCACACAGGAGGCGCUCCUCAGAAAACACAUCUGUCCCACCAUCAACCAGUAAAUCUCAGAUGGAGCUGAAUGCGACUGAGAAGCGUCAUCGAACACGAUCUAAAGGUGUGCAAGUUGCCGUGGAGGCUGCACAAGAGCUGUUCAGCUGUCCCACACCAGGGUGUGAUGGUAGUGGACAUGUCAGUGGCAAAUACGCCAGACACAGGAGUGUUUAUGGAUGCCCCUUGGCUAAGAAAAGGAAAACCCAAGAGAAACCUCCACAGGAGCCAGCUUCCAAACGGCGUCUGUUUCUAACUAUGACUGAUGGAGAGCCCUCCAUCUACGAAAACUAUGAGCCGGAGGCUAUGGAGGAACAAGAAGAAGUAGAGGAAGUGGAAGAAGAGGAAGGGGAAGAUGAUGAAGAAGAGGAGUGCUCUGAUGACAAUGAGGAACCCGGAGAGGAAGAAGAGGAAGAGGAAGGGGAGGUGGAGAGAGAGGAGGUAGAGCAGAUGGAGGAAGAGGUAGAAGAAGAUGAGGAAGUGGUGGAGGAGGAUGGUGAUGAUGAAGAGCAGGAAGAGGAAGAAGAGCAAGAAGAUGAGGAAGAUGAAAAUGAGCACGAUGAAGAGGAAUACUAUGAAAAUCAGUGUCAUCAACAAGUGGACAAUUAUUCUAGUGGUGGACAAUCAAAAUCCAAUCAAAUGGUUGAGAAGGACAAUAACAAUAACAAUAACAUGAACAAUGAGGAGUACGAGAAUUAUGAUGAGCUGGUGGCCAAAUCCCUGCUUAACCUGGGUAAAAUUGCAGAGGAUGCUGCCUACCAGGCCAUGACUGAGUCGGAGAUGAACAGCAACUCCUCCAACAGUGCAGGAGAGGAUGAUGAUGAGGACUAUGAUGAAGGGAGUGAAAAUGAAGGUCAGAAGGGAGAGUUGAGUGUUGACCUGGACAGUGAUGUGGUACGGGAGACAGUGGACUCCCUGAAGCUUCUGGCACAGGGUCAUGGAGCAGUGCUGCCCGACGAUGGAUACCCAGAGUCUGGAGAUGCUUGUGGAGCUGGCCAUACUAACGGCCAUGGUCAGACAGAGGAGAGUGAGGAGGAGGUGUGCCUCAGUAGCCUGGAGUGUCUGCGCAACCAGUGCUUUGACUUGGCCCGGAAACUGAGUGAGAACCAACCAUCUGAGCGACCCACAAUGGAGCACCAGCUCGAGCAGCAGCAACAUCAUCAUCAUCCCCCAUUGCAUCACAUGCCGAGGUACGAGAGCUGCCACAUGGACCAGCAGAGACCCGUUGAGAGGAACUACUCAGAUAUGGUCAAUCUGAUGAAGCUUGAGGAGCAGCUCAGCCCAGCUUCCAGGGGCUACCCUUCUAGCUGUGCCCAGGAAGGAGAUGAGGAUACUACAUCAGUGGCCUCUGAACGUUCAGAUGAAGCUUUUGACAUGACUAAAGGCAACUUGUCCCUGCUGGAAAAGGCCAUUGCUCUCGAAUCAGAGCGUGCCAAGGUUUUGAGAGACAGAAUGGCAUCAGAACAGAUGGUGGCUCGAAGGGACAAUCAACACCUCCAUGGAGAUCACAGCCCAAGGCAGAGCAGUGGUGCAGAAGAACGCAGGGCCCGGCUCCAUCAUGAUGGUGCAAAAAGAGCAUAUUACCCUAAAGACUCAAGGGGAGAGAAAAAAGAAAGCAAGUGUCCCACCCCGGGCUGUGAUGGCACGGGCCAUGUCACUGGGCUGUAUCCUCACCAUCGAAGCUUGUCUGGCUGCCCCCACAAAGACCGCGUUCCACCAGAAAUUCUUGCAAUGUAUGAGAAUGUUCUAAAGUGCCCCACGCCUGGCUGCUCGGGACGCGGCCAUGUAAAUAGCAACAGGAACUCCCACCGCAGUCUCUCGGGAUGUCCUAUAGCUGCAGCUGAGAAGAUGGCAAAGGUUCAGGAGAAACAUCACCCCUGCGAAAGCUCCAAGUCCAACCAGGCAUCAGACCGUGUCUUGAGGCCUAUGUGCUUCGUGAAACAGCUGGAGAUCCCACAGUAUGGGUACAAAAAUAAUGUCCCCACAAGCACUCCGCGAUCCAACCUGGCCAAGGAGCUGGAGAAGUACUCCAAGACCAGCUUUGACUAUGGCAGCAGUUAUGACAACCAGCCUCAUGCCUACGGCAAGAGGUCCCUCACCCCCAAGAACCAUGAGCGAGACACCUCACCCAAGGGAUAUGAUGCCAAGCGCUACUGUAAGACCUCAAGCCCAGCCAGCAGCACCACGAGCAGCUACGCUCCCAGCAGCAGCAGCAGUCUCAGCUGUGGAGGAGGAGGGGGAGGAGGAGGCAGUGGGGGGGGAGGAAGCAGUGCCAGCAGCACCUGCAGCAAGAGCAGCUUCGACUACACACACGACAUGGAAGCCGCCCACAUGGCAGCCACCGCCAUCCUCAACCUGUCCACGCGCUGCAGAGAGAUGCCCCAGAGCCUGACUGGGAAAGGGCCCGAGCUCCUGGCACAGAGCCCUGAUGAUAGAGAUGGGGAUGAGAACGGAACCCUUGAUUUGAACCAGGCUGGAGGGUUGGGGGAGGGUAGUGGGGGAACAGUGCUGACCCCCCUGCAGCCAAUGUCCCCCCAGCGGCAAGCACUGCUUAACAGCCACUGCUACCAGAUAACCACGGCAGAGUGCUGGGACCUGCCUGUGGACUACACCAAGAUGAAACGCCUGGACGAGGACCACAAGGAGGAUGACCUGGACCCCUUUCAUGAUCUAUUGGAAGAGCAGCAGUAUUCUGGAGAGGUUACCCUCCCCAGCCCCAAACAUAAAUAUGCCCCCUGCAAGGAGAGCAAGAAGGAGCUCCUCACGUUAUCAAGCUGCCAACUGGCUGACAAAUGCAUGCGUGGUAUGAUGACAUCUAACUCCCAGGAUCUGAAGUGUCCUACUCCUGGCUGUGAUGGCUCUGGGCAUAUAACAGGCAACUACGCCUCACACAGAAGCCUGUCAGGUUGUCCCCGGGCAAAGAAGAGUGGUAUUAAAAUUAUGCACAGUAAGGAGGACAAGGAUGACCAGGAGCCAAUCAGGUGUCCUGUGCCAGGCUGUGAUGGCCAGGGUCAUGUGACAGGGAAAUAUGCAUCCCACCGCAGCGCAUCCGGCUGCCCACUGGCCGCCAAGCGUCAGAAGGACGGUUAUGUGAAUGGAGCACCCUUCUCCUGGAAGUCUGGCAAGACAGACGGCAUGACCUGCCCCACCCCAGGCUGUGACGGCUCAGGCCACGUCAGUGGCAGCUUCCUAACCCACCGGAGUCUGUCUGGGUGUCCCCGUGCCACAUCUGCUAUGAAGAAGGCUAGAAUGACAGGAGUUGAAAUGCUCACAAUCAAGCAGCGAGCGAGCAAAGGCAUAGAAAAUGAUGAGGAAAUUAAACAACUGGAUGAGGAAAUCAAAGACCUGAACGAGUCAAACAAUCAAGUAGAGUCAGACAUGAUAAAAUUGAGGACUCAAAUCACCACCAUGGAGACCAACCUCAAAUCCAUUGAGGAGGAAAACAAGGCCAUAGAGCAGCAGAAUGACUCACUGCUGCAUGAGCUUGCCAACCUCAGCCAGUCACUCAUCAACAGUCUGGCCAACAUCCAGCUCCCUCACAUGAAACCGAUGCCACUGAAAGAGGCCCCUGUUAAAAAUUACUGCUGUUUACAGAUGCCCCACAGAGAGCCGAUGAACGAGCAAAACUUCGACACUUAUGUGAGCACUUUGACAGAUAUGUAUACUCACCAGGACCAGUACCAGACCCCAGAGAACAAGGCCCUCUUGGAGAACAUAAAGCAAGCGGUUCAAGGCAUCCAAGUGUAGCUUGCCAGAAACUAGAGCUCAGCUGUUGGCCAAGUAAUGGGGUCACGUGAUCAAGCUGAGAAGCAAAAGCGCAAUUGAUAAGAAACAAAAGAAACCCAUCAUGUAAAAAGUAUUGAUAACUACUAUGAUUUUUUUGCUGCUGUAAUUUAUUGUAUUUAUUUGGCAUUCUUUAUGAUUCUGUUAUGCUUUUGAAAAAAUUACAUAACUUAUUUGUUGCCUUGCUUUACGAUGACGAUUACCAAUGGCAAAUGUUUCGAGGAACAUUCAUGUUUUGUACAUUUUUCAUAUGACCUGACAUAAUGUGAUGUACUGUUUAUAGCUGCUAAUGUAUGCACAUUUUAGUGUAUAUGUAUUUAUUAAUUGUAUACAAAAACCAUCCAUUAUUUUAAAUCUAAAAAAGGUGCAGAGGGGUUACACUGAGGGAAUGUAAGGGCAAUCAGCUUAAAACUGAGCUUUUCUUUAUGGAACUAAUGGGAAUUACGUGCUGUGGAGGUUGUUUAAUGGAUUUAAGUGGUACAUUUUUGUGGUUCAAAUUUUGGCUACAUUUUGUAACAAUAUUAAGAAAUGUUGUCUUUUGGUUCUGAAAACAUAUUUAUAGUGGUCAGUGUGGGCACUCUAAUGCAGAACGUGUAUUGUUUCUGUUCAUUUUUGCUUGUUUGUUCAGUUGGUUGGUUUCUCUCUUUUUUCCUUUGAAUUCCCUAAAUAGAUGGAAAAAAGAAAGCUUUUUGUGAAUGCAAACAUCAUGACACGGAAACUUACUGGUGUAAAUCCCAAGACUGAGAGAGAAAUACUUCAUAACUUUUCAAAUAUUUUCAAAGUCCAUUCUCUAAAUGUAAUGCCCGGCUAGUUAUGGCCAGUAACUACAGAAAUUUUCAAGGAGACAAUCCAACAUGAAUUAUUAAUUUAAUGAUCGUAAAAUGUUAGUGGUAGUAUGAUAGAAUAUCAGCAAUAUAUGAAAACUAAUCAAUCAUUUAUUUAGAUAUGGGAUGCAAAAGUUUGGGUAUAUGCAAUUUCUUAUUCUUACCAUAGUAGAAAGCUGAUGAAUCUUUUUACUAAAUGUAAAGUAUUAAGUUUUAUAUAAAUCUUUUAAUACAGUCAUGUUUUAGGGUUUAAACAUGGGAGAUAAGUCCAAAAGGAUGAAUGCAUUAUGAGUUCACAUUCCUCAUGUUCAAUUUUGCACAGGGACACCUUUAUUUCCAUGUUUUGGUGUUUUUGUUUGUUGCAGGAGAUCAAGGAGGUGCCCAGAAGUUUGAAAUGUGGGACGUUUUUUUUUUUUUUUUUUUUUUUAAAGAAAGUACAUCCGUGUGUGUGGGUGCGUGUGUGUGUGUGUGUGUGUGUGUGUGUGUGUGUGUGUGUGUGUGUGUGUGUGUGUGUGUGUGAGUGUGUGUGUGAAUGUUAGUUUAUCAGUGUGCUGGAUAUACAGGGUUAAUGUCACCAUCCAUGUCAUUGUGUCAUAGUAGGCUAAUGCGGCACUUGUCUUGUAGAUUUUGUCCAAAACAAUCAUGUAGAGAUUCAUCUGGUCACGAGUGCACAACAAAUACAAGUAUGUCAGCAAUGCAAACUCAUCAUAUUACAAUAAUGACUACAACAGUGAAUUCCAAUCAGUUGUAUACAGUAUUAAGAGAGGUCAGCUUGCCAUAUGUGGUGAUCUGCAAUUCACUUUCAUUGCUUUUUUAGGUUUAUGAGAUAUCAGCGGCACUUUAAUAAUCAUGGAAAUUGAAGUAACAUAUUAGGCUACUGAACCUUUUUGAUAAUUAAUCAUGGACACACCAUAUUAACGCAACCUGGUACGGGUCUAGAUUAGAGAAGUAUGGGCAAUUUCCAUCGUUAAGAGGGUUGUGUACUGACACGACCAGUUCAUAUUACUCCAUAAUAUCUUAAGGACAUGUACAGUCAUAGUUUGGGGACCCCACAUUCAUUUCCAAUUAGUAAAAGCUCUUUCAAGCAGGGGCAUCAAGCAAAGUCACAAACAGGGCUGAUUUUCAAUGGUGGGUUUUACAGUUGUUUGUUUACCAAGCAUGAGUUGAAACUGUCAGUGAUUUUAAGUGUAAAAUUGACUCUGGUUGAUGCUGUCUCAUGGGGCUUUAUUUCUAAUUAAUGUAUUAUUUUCUAAUAUUUAGGCUAGCAUUGCAUUUUAGAGAGCUCAUGCAAAUAAAGCUAGUCACUCUUAUUUGUUAUUCCGUAAUAUCCAGGCAUCUGCUCUCUUAUGCCACCUAAUUUCUUUCUCCAAAAUCUCUGUGUAUUCAGCUUAUUUUCAAGACAGUAAUGCUUUUAACACACUGAUAGCAAAAUACAAUAUCCUCUCAUCUAUUAUCAUCACUGAUUUGACAGGAAAAGGGGUUUUAAGCACAAUUCCGCUGCUCAUUUUUAGUUGGCACAUAUUGUAAUAUCUACUUCAAAAAGGUUAUCUGUGACUAUUUAAAUAGAAACUCUAUCUAUGGUGUCACAUGCUUGAAUGCAGAAUACUUUUCUUAUUAAUAAUUGUGAAAUCAUCAGGUUACAAGUUUCUGUUUCAAAUGGAUUUUAAUUACCAUUUUAAACCAGGAUUUUUCUAUAAAAAAAAAUAAAUAAACAUAGCUUUCUUAAUGUCUCUUGCUCUCUUCCUCUAUCCAGCUCUUUAGCUAUCUUUUCCUCUUUUAGUUUAUUUUUCAACCACAUGGCAUGAUUUCUGUUGGUAUGAUACUUUUUAUUUUUUUUGUUUUAUUUGUUUUUUUUUGCUCUAAGUGUUUAAGAUCACAAAUUGCAGUGAUAUUUCAUUUUGAAAUUGUGAACUUUGUACAAUUUUUAAUCAUGCUAGUGUUGACAUCUCUUACUCAAUAAAACUUGUGU